GCCAAGGACAUCCGAGAUGGCAACCUGAAGGCGAUCCUGGGGCUGUUCUUCGCACUGUCCAAGCACAAGCAACAACAGAAGCAGACUCUGCAACAACAACAGCAACAACAAGUAGAGAGGGACAAACAACAAAGACUGCUAGGACCGAGCAAACCGGACGAGAUGAAUUCUAGGUUGCCCGCGCCUUUCCACGGAGGCGCAGCCGGAGCCGGAGGAGUAGCCACAAGUAACAUACCCGCCCCUGUACAUCGGUCGUCUAUACCAAUUGGUGGAAGUCCUUUGAAGUGUACGUCAGCGAGCAGCUCGAGGUCUACAAGUCCUUCACACUCAUUUAUUCCCACACCUCGGACAAGGGUUCCUUUAAACGACAAACAUAUCAGUAGUGGCCACAAUGUCUCCAGAACUACUGGAGGAGUCAGCAGCCCGUACUCGAACAAAUCGUCUACGAUAGACAAACUUAAGCUGUACAAUCCCAGUGAUAAAAAUAAAGUUGCUCUAGGAAGUACCAAACGGACUUCCAGUUCCAGCGGCUUUAGCUCAGCAAGAUCCGAGCGCAGUGAUUCUUCAACCAGUCUGUACAAUGAUGCAAAGUCAACAAUCCCAGAGAAGAAAGAACCAGUUCAAAACGAACUUAGUUUGAAAUCAGGAUUGAAAAAGAAGGUGAUUAAGAUCCCCGGAGAGACCAAAGUCGCUCGGACCCAAAGCCGAACAUCGGUGACAAAACUGAUUCAGCCGUCGAGUGUGACGGUGAGAACAGUGAGCGAGAAACCUGCGACAAUCCCAGAAGCCCCUGCGGACGACAACCGCCAAACUCCCGCUCAGGUUAGGGUUGAAUCAGCAGAGGAAAAACUUACAAGCGAGAAGAUGGGUGAAGAAGGUGUGAAGCCAGUUGCGGGUGCUAAUGGUGCGGGUGAGGCACCCAAGGGUGGUGUGGUGGCGGGUGCGGGUGGCAGUGGCAUACCCAAGCCUACACUGGCAGUGAAGGGGAUGACCAAACCUACACACACGGUAGCUCCGAUGCCACAGGUGCCGCAACCCGACAACAAAACUGCGGAUCCAGUAGCUGAGAAGCUGGUUGUCAACUGCAAUGGCCAUGCCAAGCAGCCAUCACUGGGGGAAGACGAGGAGGCUACAGAGGUGGUCAAACCUAUGCAACCCCUGCUGCGAGGCUACAAACCUUCCCACAACAUUGCUAUCACUGCCAGGCCUCCUGUCGACCCAAACGGGUGGAGAGCGACUAGUCAACCGCCAGACUCCAACCGAGCACCAGCUGAUGGUGACUACUAUGCUACGUUUAACUCUUCAGGUUAUGUAUCAGACGGAGAUCUACUCAGCAGAACUAAGCCUGACAUCAAUGAUGGUUACAUAUCCGAAGGUGGAGCCGUGCUGUAUGCUCAAAGGAUACAAAGGGAUCAGCAAAACCUAUCAGUGGACCCGACAAGAGGAGCCAAGCCUAGUCCUAGACCUCAAAGAGAACUGAAGGGUGGUCGAGUAGUGAGUGAUGAAAUAAAAAUCCUGUCGUCCGAACAAGUUCAUCAUUUCAAGCGAGGCAGCGGGCAGGGUCCUGGCGGAGGGGGCCGGGGAGGGGGACAGCCAGAGCCCCCUCUCAGCCCCCCUGAACCUACUCCUGUUGUUUACCGUGUCGUAGGAUCUCGGUCACACGUCAAGAAAGCCGACAGCAGCCAACAGACGGAGAACAGUGCCUUCAGACAAGUGUCAUCCAGCCAAUGGAAGAAGUACAUGGAUGGUAUGGGUGGGGGUGGAGGGGGGAGCGCUGCGAUGGGACGGGUCCCGGAACUGAGCAGACACAAGACAGAUCUGGAUAUGUCAGUGAGCCGCAAGCCUUCACACAAACAACCCACUCACAACGGCCUACAGCGGAAGACCGACAAGAAGAGAAUAACAGGAUCAAAAGAAGAACUAGUGCCAGAGGAGUUUACCAAUGGGGAUAGGAAAGGAAGGGAAAACAAGAGCAAAGUUCGAGGAGUUCCUCCCAAUUUCGGCUACAUCAAACGAUCCAUGAACGGAAAUGGUAAAGGAGAACCUCGCACAGCUCAAGUGUCUGCUGUUCCAAGAACUAAGGUGAAGGUGUCUGGAGGUACACAGACUGACCUCAAGUCCUACAGUGUGGGAGGUACCUCAGGUGCUCAGUUGUCUGCCAGUGUGAGGGAGAGACUGAUGCAAGGCUCCCAGAGUCUACCAAAGCCUAGGACUGACACUGGUUCACUGUCUGACUCUAACUACACUGAGCUGAGCCCGUACAGCGCUAUGUACAGACACACCACCGCCUACACCUCCUCCCUGCCUGCAAGAGCUACUGCAGGUGGUCUUAUAGAAGCAGACAGUAUAGAGUCGUUGCCAGCGCAGCUACACCACCGCGCCAGCCUCACUCAUCCUCGUCUGAUGAGCUCUCCUUCCCCCUCCCCUUCACCUACUGCUGCCAACCGCCUCAGCAGAAGCAACAGCAUCAGCUACCUUCGAGAGAGGACGUUUCCAAGGUCUACCAAGUCAGAGAAGCUCUACCCGAGUAUGCUACAGAGGUCGGAGGAGAUGGACCCGUACUAUAGUGUCCCAUACAGUCUGGGUCCACACUCGUCCCAACCCACCAGUCCCACACCCUCGCAGAUGUCCCAGGGGACACUGUCAAGGUUCAACUAUCCGAUAUCACCAAUCAGUGCAUCACCUUCGAGUCACAUGAUCAACAGGAACUAUCCGUACUCUGGUCUCAUGAACAAGAUGGGCUCCAAGGAUGAUGAUGUGCACGGGUCUGCUGUGAGUCUUGUGUCGACUGCGUCGUCGUUGUACAGCACGCCGGAAGAGAAGCAAGCUCAUGAGCUGCGGAAGCUACGACGGGAACUCGGCGAUGCUCAGGAGAAAGUCCACACGCUCACUAGUCAACUCUCUACCAAUGCGCACGUGGUGUCGGCUUUUGAGCAAUCUCUGUCCAACAUGACACAGAGACUUCAACAACUCACAGCUUCUGCAGAGAAGAAGGACUGUGAGCUGCAAGAGUUGCGGCAGACGAUAGAGCUGUUGCGUAAACAGAGUGUAGAAGCUGGGUUGACGUCCGGCCACGUCUCUCCUCCACUGACUCGCAGACACACCAUCAACAAUGCGGCCGACAACAACUCUACAGAUGCUGCAGGAAGUAACAUCUCCAGACAGCUGUCUACUGACUCUGUGUCUAGUCUCAACUCUCUGUCGUCUGCUUGCAGUCUGUCAAACCACACGGAGGGUGAUAAGAAGAAGAAACGUGGCUGGUUGAGAAGCUCGUUCAACAAGGCGUUCUCCAGAGGCAAGAAGAGCCGAGCAGGAUCGGUGUCGGACGUGGAGGAUGGACGGGGAGCGUCAGACAUGUCUGCCCCCUCCUCUCCCCUCCUGGGUCAUCCCCACCACACCAACGGAGACGACCACGGAGCCGUCGACCACAACUUGCCGUACGAGAGGGACACAGUGGUAGAGGAGCUGAAGAAACAACUGAGAGAGAAGGACCUUGUGUUGACAGACAUCAGGUUGGAAGCGCUCAGCUCUGCUCAUCAACUCGAGUCCCUCAAGGAUACGGUCAUCAAGAUGAGGAACGAGAUGUUGAACCUGAAGCAGGACAACGAGAGGCUUCAGAGGAUAGUGACAAGCAAAUCUUUAACAUCGUCCCAGAGCUCACUGCCACUGAACGAGGUGGAGAGAAGAUACAGUAUGGGAGACGCCAUAACAUCAUCAGAAGACAGGACACUGAUGGACGACCCUGAUGGCAAGCGUGUGUUGGUGUCAGUGUACCUGGGCUCUCAUGGCAGUUACCACAAGUAUGUGGAGAAGGCACCUCAGUGUCCCAUAGCUACCCUCUCUGUCAGUGGCAAUACCAAGUGGGAGAUGUUGGACGCCAUGGUCCGACGAGCCUUUAAGGAGUACUGUGAAAGGAUAGACCCUCUAGGCUCUCUGGGAGGUCUAGGCGUUGACUGUAUCUGGAGCUAUCACAUAGGAGAAGUGGUGCGGUACAAGGACAGCAACCUACCCGACCUGCUUCCCUGCGGAUACCUGGUCGGCGAAACUUGCAACAUCUCUGUCUGCCUUAAGGGUGCCUUACACAACGGCAGUGUGGACGCACUGGUGUUCCAGACACUCAUACCCAAGUCCAUCGUACAGAGGUACGUGUCGCUACUGAGUGACCACAGACGCAUCAUACUGUGUGGGCCGAGUGGCACUGGCAAGACCUACUUGGCCAACAAGCUGGCCGAGUACCUGGUGCUGCGGCAGGGCAAGGACAGUAUGGCCGAGGCCAUCGCUACUUUCAAUGUGGACCACAAGAGCAGUAAGGAGUUGAGAGGAUAUCUGGCGCAUGUGGCCGAGCAGUGUGAGCUGGACGCUAGUGAACUGCCUUCCGUCAUCAUACUGGACAACCUACAACAUGCGGCCAGUCUAGGCGAGGUGUUCAACGGACUGCUCACCACUAAACACCAAGCUUGUCCCUACAUCAUCGGCACCAUGAACCAGGCAACUUGUGCCACCACCAAUCUCCAACUGCACCACAACUUCCGCUGGGUGUUGUGCGCCAACCAUAUGGAGCCUGUGCGCGGGCUGCUUGGCCGAUGCCUCGCCCGACGCCUGGUUGAGGCCGAGUGUCGGGCGGGCACGCGAGACAGUGACCUUGUGCGGGUGGUGGAGUGGCUGCCUCGGGUGUGGCACCACCUCAACCAGUUCCUCGAGACUCACAGUUCAUCUGAUGUUACCAUUGGUCCCCGGCUGUUCCUGACUUGUCCCAUGGACACCGACGGCUCCCAGGUGUGGUUCACCGACCUGUGGAACUACUCCGUGGUGCCAUACCUACUGGAGGCAGUCAGGGAGGGUCUGCAGCUGUACGGCUGUAGAGCUCCUUGGGACGACCCUACCUCAUACAUCUGCCAGACGUAUCCGUGGAUCAGUGACGCGGUACAAGGAGGGUCGGAGGCUCUGAUACGUCUGCGGCCGGAGGACGUCGGGUACGACACUCCGGACAGAGACAUCGUCGGCAUCGGCAGCAGCGCAAAGUCCCUCAGCUCCAACCAGAGCGAUAAUGAAGCAGACCCUCUGCUCAACAUGCUAAUGAGGCUACAAGAGGCUGCCAACUACCCAAGUCCCCCUGACAACGCUAGCAACGGAACCGGUGUCGAGUCGACCCUCUGAAACCAAAGAUUCUAUAAAAGUUUCUCAUCAAAUUACCAGUUACAGUGUUCCAACAUAGAGUACCUAAUUUACAAAAACAUCAACAACUGCUCAAGGUAUUUAGUUAUCGUAACCGACCAAGAGUUUUAACGAAGUAGUCGAAAACUUCGGUUUUUUAUCCCUAGCGAAGUAUGAACCCCAACCAAAGUCAGAUGUUUAAUUUUUGUAAAUAAUUUUAUCUGUAUGAGAAACUUUUACUGAAACCAACAGUAUUAGUGUUAUUAUAUGUAUAUUGUAGAGUAUAUAUUGUACAAAUGAAGUAUGUCGCUUCUUACCAAAACAAUUUAUCCGGUGUACAUACUUGAUUAUGUUUUAUAAAUACUAUAAAUACUUUAUUUUUACAACAAAAAAGCUUUAACUGCCUUUUGUACUAGUGCUAAAUCUGAGCGUGCGUUUUUGGUCGCUUCGUUUAGGUUGUAAAAUGUUCUGUAAGCAUGCCUUAUUUUCUUAGUUUAGGCACAUAAGAAUUGACGAUGCCAAAAGUACUUGGUAUUCAGGCAAAAAAUGUUUUUGAAAAAGUGAAGUACAAAUGUUUCAACAGUGAUUUACUGUAAUUUUUUAUCUUGAAUUUUAAAACAUUUUGAUGUAAUUGGUGAUCUCACUACUCCAAAACAGCUGUUCCUAACUGUGUAAUUCAACUGCCAAUGAGAAAAGACAAUCGAUUAUGUGUAGUAGACAUUAUACACAUCGCAAAAGAAUUUAGCAGCUGGUCUGCUUCAACGAAACUAAAAAUUUUUACUUAAGUAAUUUAUAUGAAUGUACAUAUUAUUUUAUGAAUUAAUACAAUAUGUGUCAAAAGUUGAAUAACUUUUACUUUUUAACUACUUUUCCUCAUAUCUGAGUGUCUAAAAAUUAUCGAAAGUCAGCUGUUUUUAUAAUAAAUUUCAUGUAUACACUUUGUAAAACUUUUUAGUGUAACCAAAAAUUAAUUAUUUUAUUUAUUUGUGCUCAUACAUUAUAUGUAAGAGAUGAAACUUGUUAUAAUUUUUAUUGUUUACUGAUUUUCUUUUCAAGAUUCAAUAUUCUUGAAAAGAAUUAUCACGCUAAUAAUCAUGUUUAUUUUUAAAAGGCAACAUUUUUGUGGUGUAUAAAACUACAAAACGAACGAAUUAAAAUUGUGGCUCUUUUAUCGUUUUGAGGAAGUAAACAAUAAAUGAGCCUACCUUUUAUAAUAAAUAAAUAAUAUUUUUUAUUAGAGAUUUAUUAAUUUUUAAAAUUUUGCUAACGUAGAUACAGUUUAAGCUUUUUAACUAUUAAAACACUUAAACUUAGCGAAACUUUAAUUCUAAUUUAUUUUAAGAACUAAAACUACUAUUCAACUAGAAAGACUAUGUUUGUGUUUACAUUAAUAAUGAUAACAGUGUUGUGAUUUAAUAACCAAGGUUGUUGGACUUAGUUGAGGUCAGUUAAAAAAAAAAGGAAGUGUAAGAAAGUUUAUGUAGUUUGGAGUAUACAAAUGGUUCUAUAAAAACCUCCCUCUUUUUUAGAUUUUAGGUCUUUUCCUAAGCUAACUUUUAUACAGUUAAAAACAAGUUUUUGUAUGAGGAUUGCAAUUUUGAACAAGAGGGAAUCUCUUGUACUGUAAUUAACUUGUAUGGUUCUUUUUCUUUGAAACAUUACACUUCAAAAGUUAAAAUCUUUCUUCAGACUUUUAUCACAUAGAACCACCUAGGUUGUGGACUUAACUCUGAAAAGCCAAAAUUCAAGACAAUAAAAAAUCUCAACUUAUUUUAGACUAAAAGACAUUUGUAUCAACGAAAGACACUAGAUUAGCUCGCUUACAGUGCCCGAUGUAAACAGUUUUGUAAAGUGCUUGUAGUGAUAGAGACCCCCCUGUUUCACUCCCCCUCCCUACUGUGAUUGUUAUCACUAUUGCAUGCUCUUAUCAGUGCCUGGUCAGCCUGCCUCUGGUGUCAUCCUUUUAUAGAAAUUUUUACUCCUUUUGUAAAACGUGCGAUGUUGCUAUUUUGAUUUUUACACUGUUUUAUAUCAUGUAUAAAUCUCAUAGCUUUUGCUGUAAGUCUUAUUGAAUGUUUAUAAUGGUUUUUUAAAGCUAUUACGAUGUUAUAUAAAAUGUAAAUGUUUGUAAUGCGAAGAGUGAUUACCAAGCUACAGUUUGUUGACAAUACAAUAAAUGUUAUU